UUAAUAAAGCGUGGAAUGCCCACUAUAGUUGAAAAAUCAAACACAGGCCUCAGUUUAAGGAGAGCAGUCCAACGAAAAUUAGUAAAGAAAUCGAAAUCUUACGUGUUGUAGAGAAAAAGGGAGAACAAAAAAAAAUGACACUGAAGAAGUUGGACGCAGAUCCCUCAACCUUGGAGACGGUGUUGGAAGAAUUGAAAUCUGACGAAUCAAACCGUAACAAAAUCAAUUUUAUCCUCUUCGUCGCCAACAAUGAUCCCACCACCAACCGCAGCUGGUGUCCUGAUUGCGUUAGAGCUGAGCCUGUGAUUUACAAGACUCUAGAGGAAUCAGCGGAGGAAGUGAAUGUUAUUCGGGCUUACGCCGGAGAUAGGCCGACGUGGAGGAACCCGGUGCAUCCGUGGAGAGUCGAUCCUCGAUUCAAGGUAACUGGAGUGCCAACACUUGUUCGCUGGGAUGGAGACAGUGUUAAGGGUCGUCUUGAGGAUCACCAGGCUCAUGUUCCUAACUUGAUUCGCCCACUUCUUGCUCCAUCCACUUAAUUCGAUAAGGGACUAUGGUUGGAUCGAUGAUCAGGUUUAUGAAUUGCUAGUUUUCUGUUGGUUUCCAAUAAAAUCCUUGUCAAUGAAAACGAGAAUUCCACCGAAAGUUUGUGUGUUUUGGUUUUGUAUGAUUUGGUAUUGUUUCUUGCUUUUCAAUGUAUCGUUGCAUUCUCUUGCUUCUCGACUUAAUAAUAACGGACUAUUCGGGUGUGAGUUACGAUUAUAUUGAUAUGAGCAAGAAGAGCAUUUAGUAA